UUGACAACGUCAAUAAACGUGGCUGACGUUUAAUUCUGUUCUUGUUUGCUUUUCCGUUCCGUGUUUUAAUAUUUUUCUGCGUUUAUAUUAAUUUAUGGAUUUUUCUGCAAUAUCUACUAUUGAUAAUAACCUGCUGCAACAAAGGCAAGAUGGGUCUAUGCAAGUGCCCAAAAAGAAGAGUGACAAAUCAGUUUUGUUUUGAACAUGGUGUGAAUGUUUGCGAAUAUUGUAUGGUGACGAACCACCCAAAAUGUAUCGUUCAAUCGUACUUGCAGUGGCUGCGAGAUAGUGAUUACAAUCCCAUAUGUGAAAUAUGCACAAAAAAUUUAAGUGAAGGCGAAUGCAUACGUUUAACUUGUUAUCAUGUGUUCCAUUGGUCAUGUGCGGAGUCCCGGUACCGCGCCCUGCCGCAAACCACUGCUCCCGCCGGCUACCAGUGCCCAUCCUGUACGACACCGGUGUUUCCUCCGCCAAACCUAGUCUCUCCCGUGGCUGAUGUGCUCCGAGAGAAACUUGCUGGAGUGAAUUGGGCCCGAGCUGGACUUGGCCUACCAUUGUUGUCAGAAGACCAAGACUUAAAGGGAGCAGCAGGGAGACGAAGCACAUCACCCACAGAUAAACAAUACUACUCAAGUUCUGUAGAUAGCCAGCGUGGCACCCCGGUUGGGGCCAGCGAUGAUGAGUCCAGUAGUAGAGCAGCUAAUGGCACACCACAUUCCAUUGUCCAGAUGCCAGAUGUGUACGACAGUACAUCUGUUAAGAGGAGUGACAGUUUACAAGGAGGUCAAGCCCCAAGAAAAUCAUUUAAGCCUCUGGAUCAAUUCAAGGCAUCAAGCAACUUUGAUCACGAUGAGAAUAAAUAUAAACAGAAGUCAACAUUUGCCUGGAUUAGUAGAUGGUGGAAGAACACACUGCCAUCUUCACGAGUGAGGCGAGCAGGCGGCAUCUACAGGCGUUACUGGAUCCUACUGUUUGUUGUGAUUGCUGUCGUGCUGAUCCUGCUGUUACUUAGUAGCAGAGAUGUGUCCAAAGAGAACCCAUUUGGUUACAUCCGAGAUGAUGAUCAUAUGAUAGUACAGAAGAAUUAGUGAAUGUUUUGUUUCUUGCAUAUUUAUAAAAUCAAGCAAUCUGUUAAGUGAUAUAAACCUGAUAGGUAAAUAUAACUAAAUAUUACAAUAAUUAUUCUUUGAAUUAUGUACAAUGUGAUUUAUAUAUAAUUAAAAUAAAAUACCAGUCUUAAGAA